UCUCGCUCUCUCUCUUCCUCAGUGAUCACUGAGCUCGGGUUUCCCACUUUCCCUAAAACAGCUCCUCUGGACUCGGGAAUCUUUUUCCCUCUUUGUGUGUCGCCGCAUUCGACUGGCGAUUUUUAAUCCUUGACUUCAUCUCAGUAUAAGCUUGUUCUUCGUGAUCAGUGUACUGCUAGAUGAGCAGUUCUGUUUAAACCUGAAAGAGUUCCAGAGGAAGGAGAGAAGGAGAGAAGGAGGAGGACCUGUGAAGCACCUGUCCCAUGCGCACUGCUACCAGUCGCUUUUCUCCACGGUUCGAGCCAGGGCACAGCCGAGCAGUUCAGGGCGAAAGGUCUCCUGGGAGGCACCGUGGUGACGUUGGGAUUAAAAAUGGCCCGGUCUAUUAUCUGAGCGUAGAGGCGGUGGAGACCGAGGUGGAGGCGACGACGAUGACGACGAUGACGACGAUGACGACGAUGACGAAGGCUGACAGUGUGCAGAAGGAGAUGGAGGAGAGGAAUCUGCGUCCCCGGCUGUGCUACCUGACCAAAGGCGAGUGCGGUUACGGCUUCCACCUGCACGGAGAGCGCAGCAGCGGUGCACAGUUCAUCCGCAGGAUCGAGGCGGGAUCUCCGGCGGAGCUGGCAGGACUUCGGUCCGGGGACCGCGUGGUGGAGGUGAACGGAGAGAACGUGGAGAAGGACUCGCACCAGCAGGUGGUUCAGAAGAUCAUGGAGGUAGAGAACAGGACGAGGCUCUUGGUGGCGGAUCGAGAGACGGAUGAGUUUCUGCUCCUCCACUCUUUGCCCUGCACUGAGGACCUGGCCGUGGAGAUGAGCUGCCUCCUCUCGCCACGCACCUCCUCGUCUUCCCUCGCUUCUUCCACUCUGAGCUUCUCCUCAUCGUCGCGGGGCUCCGUCACUCCAUCGUCACAAGACUCCAUCAUUCUAUCACCACGAGACUUCAUCACUCACUCACUCUCUGACUCCAUUACUCCAACACUGUUGCCCAAAUCCAUCACUUCAUCACCACGGGACUCCGUUGCUCCGUUACCCAGUGAUUCUGUUAUACCAUCACCACAAAACUCCACUCCACCAUCACCACGCAUAUCUGUCACUCCAUCACCAGAAAACGCCAUCAUUCAAUCUUCACGCAGCUCUAUUAAUCAAUUACCAUCCAACUUCAUUCCUCAAUCACCUUAUGACUCCAUCACUCAAUCACCAUCCAACUUCAUUCCUCAAUCACCUUAUGACUCCAUCACUCAAUCACCAUCCAAGUCCAUUCCUCAAUCACCUUAUUACUCCAUCACUCAAUCACCAUCCAACUCCAUCACUCAAUCACCAUCCAACUCCAUUCCUCAAUCACCAUCCAAGUCCAUUCCUCAAUCACCAUCCAACUCCAUCACUGAAUCACCAUCCAAGUCCAUUCCUCAAUCACCCUAUGACUCCAUCACUCAAUCACCAUCCAACUCCAUUCCUCAAUCACCUUAUGACUCCAUCACUCAAUCACCAUCCAACUUCAUUCCUCAAUCACCCUAUGACUCCAUCACUCAAUCACCAUCCAAGUCCAUUCCUCAAUCACCAUCCAAGUCCAUUCCUCAAUCACCCUAUGACUCCAUCACUCAAUCACCAUCCAAGUCCAUUCCUCAAUCACCAUCCAAGUCCAUUCCUCAAUCACCCUAUGACUCCAUCACUCAAUCACCAUCCAAGUCCAUUCCUCAAUCACCAUCCAAGUCCAUCACUCAGUCACCCUACGACUCCAUCACUACUCCUUUCAUCAGGGAAAAAUCAGAUGAGACCCAUGUAAUGGACGUCAUCAUCACCACAGACAACAAGGAGACGUCAGGAACAGAGGACACGGUGAUGCGUGACCUGAGGCCGCGGCUGUGUCACAUAGUGAAGAACGAGCAGGAUUUCGGCUUUAACCUGCACUGCGAUAAGCGGCGUGUGGGUCAGUUCAUCCGCUCGGUCGACCCUGAUUCCCCCGCACACAGAGCUGCACUACAGCCCGGAGACAGACUCGUCCAGGUGAACGGCAGAAGCAUUGAGGGUCUGAGGCACUCGGAGGUGGUGGAGAUAAUCCGAAGCGGAGGAGGAGAGACCAAGCUGUUGGUGGUGGACCCAGAAACAGACGCUCUGUUUCAGAAACUCGGCAUCACACCGACUACAGCGCACCUCAACGAGGACUGUGUGGACGGUCCGAUCAUAGAGAGUCCAACCUCUACCUGUCCGAUCACAGACACCUCUGUAUCGCCUACAAAACCCCGCAACGGCUUGCUGAUCCAACCGCCGGUCACGACGGGUGCACCAACCGGAAACGGCUCUCUGAAGCACCAGAGUCACGGAAGCUCCUCCUCCUCCAGGUCCAUCACUUCAGAGACGAGUGUGGAGCUGAGCAGCUCUGACAUCAGCAGCAAGGUGUUGGAUUCGGAGCAGUGUAAGUAUAACAGCGCCCCCGGUGUGCAGGAGGUGAAAGGGGAGAAGGAGGUGAAGGAUCUGGACCCGCUGAGGGCGAGCGGCCUGCAUCUGAGCUCCACAGCGGCCGAGGCCAGGCAGAAGGUCAGGUCGAAGAAGGCCAGCAAGAGAGCGCCCCCGAUGGCCUGGAACAAGAAAUACGAGAUCUUCAGCAACUUCUGAGCCAUUCAGCUCCCAAAAAACCAUCGAACAGAGCCUGGAUGAAAUAUUUUACCCUGGGAAACGAGAAUACCACUUUUUCAGCUUAGAUAGAGAGAGAGAGAGAGAGAGAGAGAGAGAGAGAGAGAGAUAGAGAUAGACGGCCAGCUUGAGAAAGAUGAAGAGUGGAGGUGAAGAAACGUGAAAGGUUGGAAUCUGAAGGUGAAGAAACGUGAACGGAAAAAGGGAAUGAGACCGAACGUAGUAGCGAGCGUGAACUCCGACUCUUUAAUGGUGUCACAUGACUGACAAUGAAAUAAAAACACGUUAGAUGAGAGAGAGAGAGAGAGAGAGAGAGAGAGAGAGAGAGAGAGAGAGAGUUGUAACCGAGAUGCAUUCAUUUAAAAUUCAAAGGGAAAACUGUCCUGUCAUCCUCUUGGUUUUCUUGUUGACGGUCAGUGGGAAAAUAACUCACUGGCGCCGUGUUAGCUUAUCAGGACACGUGAGGUUCAUCACACACGAGCCAUUUCAUUACAGGAAUAAUCUGAUAAACGUUUCGAAAGCAUAGGACCGGGUUCUGCUGCUAAAUAUUAUAUUUAAUAUUUUAAACACUUAUAAAAGUAUUGGGAGAACAACGCCAGCAUCCCCAGCGUACCUUCCCGUGGAAAUAAAUGAUUAUAAUCAUGUUGAAAUUUAUAAUAAUAAUAAUUCGAAUAAAUCGGGAAUAAUCAAAUUUGAAAAAACAAAACAAAAACAUGACAUUUGCACACACAAAUCCUUCCCUUCCUGUCUAAACAGCCUUCUUAGGUGAGUUUAAUAACUUCUCUGUUUUGAACAAUCGCUAGCGUCGGAUAACGCGUUGUUUUCACAAUGGCUGCGUAACGACACGCACGGUCGAAGAUGAACGCGUUCACUGGAACGUCACGGAAGCCUUCGCACGUCCACGCGACCGUGUGCGCUCGCUCGCCGUCGAUCUCUAGAUCUGCAACAAAGCUGUCGGGACGUCUCGCGCGCACGCUUCAGCGCGCCGUAAAACGCUGCCUCGCCUCCUCCGACCGAAUCUUUACGUUCGUUAUUCCUGAUGUAUUACCACGCCGCUCCUGGCCGACGAUAUACGAUGCGUUUAGGAACGACUGAUACGUUAACGCCCGUAUUUAUUACGAUGUCCGGAUUCUAUCGUGAGCUUUUAGAAAGCUCUCAGGGUUACUGCGGGAAACCGUCAACCAGGAAACAACACUAACAAGCUACGCAGCAACACAUCACAAUGUUACAAAAAUUAGCACAAGAAAUAUUAAGACACUUUAUAUAUAUAUAUAUUUAUAUAUAUAUAUUUAUAUAUAUACCACUAUAAUGUAAUCUAACAGUACUAAUACGUUGUUUUAGCUUCUUCUUGUUUUUUUUUUAUUAGAAAAGUGUAAGCCUGUUAUAACGAGAUUAUUAUGAAUUAAACCCAUCGGGUCUUUCUUUCCUUUCCCAGUUAUAUCUAUUUCAAAAAUAGUUACUAAGCGAAAAAGAAGAACUUUCUGGAAUAUGUGCCACAUGCAGUAUGUUUUCAUUUUGAAACAAGCUUUACUUAAAACUAUAUAUAUUUUCAUGUCAUUAUGAAAUUCACAGAAUGUUUUCCUUACAACUUUUUGUUACGUUUUUUUUUCUCCAUAUAUACACUCAUAUGAUAUAUUUCUACAUAUUUAUGUAUGUUACGACUCAAUAUGAACAAAGUAAACAACAAAAAAAAAGACAGUUUCA